AGUAAAUUAACAGCAAUUAUUGCCUAGCUAUCAGAAAAAUUUAAGAACAAUAAUGGAGGGAAGGAAAAGUGAUGGGCGCCAGCUGAAGAAAACAGAGGAUAAGGAUAUGUCCUCACAUCUUCGAUCUGGGUUCCACAAAAACUCAGGUGAACAUAUUACUUUAAGUGGUGCAGAAGUUGGCAAAAUUACAUUAGAAUCCCAAAGGAAUGGGGACGUGCACCCUCUGGUGGAGUCCCACCACCGAAUUAACAGUCUCGAUCUCGCCAACCAGCGCAAUGAUGAGUUGCUUCAGCAACUAAUGGGGGAGCAAGAAAGUGGAAGCAUUGAUUUUGAUCAGAUUGCUGCACAAGGGAUGGAGUGGUGGAGAAGACGUAUGGACAGGAUGAAUCCGGAGGAGUUGCAACGAUUUUAUGCUGUGUUGGGGAUUCUCAAGGAAAGGAUGCAAAGUCAUUUGCAACAACGGAUCAGAAUUAGGGACUCUAAUUCUGAGGCAACAAGCACCUCUACCCCUAGCACUAGUACUAAUGGUAGAGGUAGGCGCAGACGGCGUUGAUUAUAUUUUUCUUUUGAGAUUUUAAAUAAAAUAUUGUAAUUUUUUCUUUCUUUUAAAUUAUUAAAAAUUUGUAAUUUUUUUAUUAUUUAAUAAAAAUAAAAUUUUUUA